AUGUUGCAAAUCCCAAUGACGGCACUGGAACAUGGCGAACGUGAGAAACCAAUCACACACUUCCUCUCCUCCGCAGCGGAGUGUCAACCCUCUCCAGCCUAUGCAGUGUCGUGCGAUCUCCCUUCCGAAGACGAAGUUGCCGAUGAAAUGCAGAAUCUGUGCAACAAAAAGACGUGCGACGAUGAUGGUAUUCACGCUGAAAUCUACAAGUCUUGUGUCCACACUCUGGCUCAUUAG